CGUCCCACCCCUCCCGGCUCCACCCUCCCGCCCUGGCUUCCUCGUCGCCUGUCUGUCGCCACAGCUCGGGCUUCCUUGCUUCCUUGCAUUCCAAUUUACAUGAGUUGUUCGGCUUGUGGCCCUGACGCCAGAUUCGAUCGGCCCCCUUCAUCUCUCAGAUGUUUCAUCUCCGUUGAGGCAUUCGUAGUGAGUCUUGGCUUGCGUUGCAAUCAAUGACAAGGGCCUUGAAGCGCGUUGCCCAGAGGUUGCCGCUGCUCUUCUGUGGAAAUUCGUCUUUGACCUAGGGUUCCGAGUGUUCUUCCUGCUUGUCGGGAGUAUCUGGGGUUUCCGACGUGUGAUUGAUUGAGUAAGUGAGUGAGUGAGUGAGGGAGGGAGGGAGUGACUGCGGUGAUUGGAGGCUCUGGUGGUGGCGGUGGAGGAGGAGGUGGUGGAGGGGUAUUGGAGCGGGAAGUUCGUUUGGUUGGAAGGUGGAUCAAGAGGGGACUGGGAGUGGGCGUGAGGGAGUAGUAUCGUUGUGGAAGGAGCUGAGCUGAUUCGCAGUGAGUCGGAAUGCAACAGAGUUUGGAAAAUUUUGCGUCGGAGGUUUUAAUGCGGGCUAGAAGUCGCGGCGGGGGAUGGGAAGGGAAGGGUCGGGUUGUGGAAACGGGUGACGAGUAUGUCGUUUCUUGUAUGAUGUGCGGCUAAAGAGAAUUGCAGCCUCUGAGAGUGCCAGGAUGAAGCCCUAGAUAUUUUCCUUCGGAGGACUUGGAGUGUUGAAAAUUUGUGGUGACGAGAUACUAGGCCUGGAUUCCCUAGCUUCAGAAAUAUGCAGUUCAUUUAGAGUUCAUUGGUUGUUGCUGAGUUGCGCCUGUGGAUAUUGGUUUUAUGGAAGGUGGUUUGGGGCUUGUGAAAAGCAACGUGGAUAUGGAAUAUGGUCUCUCCAGCAAACCUAACGAACCCUCUUUUUUGCCAACGAUAGUGUCGCCCUCUAUUACAUUUGCUUCAGUUUCGUCAGAAGUUGGUACGCUUGUGCAUUCCGAGCGUGCCCCGGCUUCCACCUCCGUUUCUUCGUUCUCUACCCCAUGGGAACACACUACCUCCCAGAAGACGGAUAUGACUGCAGUAAUAUCUGUGUGUCCUUUUUGCAACGGAACAGGGACGAAUUUGUCACUUGGAAGUGUGAAUACUGACAAGGCUAGAGGGUCUUCUGUGGAGUACUGGCAAAAGACGGCAAACGAUCUUUCUGUACAGAAUGAGGAGCUCCGGAAACAGUUGGCAGUCUUCCAACAAUCUAAGGGCGUGGCAGUACAAGAAGUGCUGACGCAGCUUUUCGUUGAAAAAGUGCAAGAUGUGUCUGGAGUUGAGGGUAUCGUUGAUUCUUUCUCACAUGCCGAUGCUGAGACACAAGAGCCAGGUAGUGCGAAAUCUGCUAUCAAGAAAAGUUUAUCUCGGUCGUCAUUGACACAAAUGGAUUUAUCCGAGGGGUUGGAGAAGAAUCUCGUGAUGGAGCUGUCUGAAAUGGAAUAUUAUGAGCACUUCCGGGGACUCGACAGGCUUGACGCAGUGGAAGUGCUUGAAAGGACCAACAAUAUUGAGUUACUCCUUCAGAUGGUCCUGAAGGAUGUACCAGUUAUUAUAUCUCAUUGCGAUAAAGAGCUUACUUACACAUAUGUCAAGUUUGUAGAUCAGCCUUUGACCAAAGUUCCUCCUGAGGGAAUGAAGGGGAAGAAAGACACUGAACUUGUAGGACUUGUUCCUGGAGCUUUGGAGACCAUGAGGAUUAAGAAAGAAGUUCUUGAAUUAGGACUAGCUCAAGGAAAGGAACUUACGAUUUCAAUGGACGGUUUUGGCAAGAGGUGGCUAGUUGUGGCAUGUGAACCACUUCGGAACAAAGCUGGGGAGAUUUUGGGAGUAAUUACUGCAUGCAUGGAUGUGACUGAGCAGGCAUUAGCAAGGGAGAAACUUGCACAAAUGAGAGAGGAGAUGGCUGUACGAGAAGCAACCGAGAAAGAGUUGCGAAGGGCUAUCAGAUUGGCAGAUGAAGCAAUGGAGGCGAAGAACAGAUUUCUUGCCGUUAUGUCUCAUGAGAUACGUACUCCGUUGAAUGGUGUAUUUGGAAUGGCCCAAGUAUUGGCUACCACCCCGUUGGAUCCAGAGCAGAGGGAGCUUGUGUCUGCUAUGGUCUUCAGUGCAGACGUGUUGCUCGCAAUCAUCUCGGAUAUACUUGACCUUAGCAAGGUUGAAGCUGGUACCAUGAAAUUGGAGGAAAGGGAACUCAACCCGAGGGAUAUUGUAAAACAUGUAGUUAGGACAGCUAUAGCUGCGAGUAAAGAUCGUGGUAUCACUAUUCAGGCUGAUAUUGCAGAUGACGUUCCUUCAAUGGUCUACGGUGACCCUUUGCGAAUUAAGCAAGUGAUCACCAAUCUGGUAUUUAAUGCUGUCAAGUUCACCAGAAAAGGUCACGUGAAGGUUCGAUUGCAUAUCGCGAAAUUUCCAAUCGAUGAAAGAGAGACCGACGUGAAUCUAGAUGUUUCAGACACGUUGGCCAAAAUAAACAAACUUGGAGGCACCGAAGGUGCUGGGGAGAAAAUAGAAAGAAAUUCGUCAGACAUGUUGAGAAGGUCUUCUUUAUUGAAUCUUGGACUUUGUCACAUUAGGAGUGAUGAGAGUUGGGAUCCUUUGAUGGAAGGUGGCCGCAGAGACCUACCUGAACUGCCUAUCACCGAGGAUGAGAUGAUUGAGAUGGAUGUUACUACCCAAGGAUCAGCUACUGGACGUGUACAUAACAAAAGACUUUUAAAGAUGCACAGCACAGGAGACUUGUUUCAGGACGGGCACGAAGAUGAUCGUCGACUAUCCGAAGGUAACGAGAAGACUAGUAAGACUAGCGACCAAGUAUCUAGGGACUUUUGGCUUAAGUUUGAAAUUGAGGAUACCGGCAUAGGUAUACCGAAGGAAGCCUUGCCAACUCUCUUUGAGAAGUUCACAUUGGUGCAUUCUUCAACCACUAGGAAGUAUGGUGGAACAGGCUUGGGUUUGGCAAUUUGCAAGCAGCUGGUAGAGUUGAUGGAUGGACACAUAUCCGUGAUCAGUAAAGUGGGUAAGGGCUCAACCUUCACCUUUACUAUACGUUGCAAGAGGCCGCCAGUGACCUCAGGGUCCUCGGGGCCUUCUAAGCUUGUUAGUGAAACCAAAAUGAAAGAGAACCUGUCGCACUCAACUGCCAACGUUCACAAACUUCAAGCUGGAAUGUGGAAUCCUACAAAACAAGACACAUUUUUUCCCAACUUGCAGGCAUCUCAAGCCCAUGAGGAUGAUCGAGGGACAAGACGGACAACACUCAUAGACGCAGUCUCGCAUAGAAUUCCGAUUAAACUGCCUCGAGGCUCGCUGAAAGUACGCACCACUAACGACACUGAUUACUCUGGAUUUUUAGGAGAUUCCCGAGUAAAAGCUAGGUUGUGGAAACAAGAGUCAUAUUCUCAUACUGCCUCAUGGGCAGCACAUCAGGGUGCGUGGAAGGAGAACGAUUGCCGCGAUAGGGGUGGCGUCAAUAGAGGAGGGCUGCGAAGGACUUCCAGUGGUCCUUCUCGCAUUGAAUGCUUGAUGAUGGCUGAUUUGGAUCAUUCUAAUACUUUUCCUUCGAUGACCACUGUUGCUCCCACAAAUGACAAUAAGUUGCCUUCUCUUCUUUUGGCGGAGGAUAAUAAGGUCAAUGUGAUGGUGGCCUUAUCGAUGCUCAAGAAACUUGGAUUAUCUGCGGAUGUCGCCUGUAAUGGAAUGGAAGCAAUCAAGGCUCUCCAAGGAAAACACUACGAUUUGGUGCUAAUGGACAUAUGCAUGCCUGUCCUGGAUGGGUUGGAGGUGACUAGACGAAUUCGAAGGUAUGAGAAAUUAGGCUACUGGGAUGACGAAAGUACUCUCAAACCUUCUGGUCGAAAUCCAGAUUCAACAGGUGCUUUCGAGGAACUCCCAUCGGAGGUUUUUCACAAUCAACAUCAAUCGGUUGCACGAGUUGGAGCGGAAAAGGUGAAACGGAUACCGAUUAUUGCAAUGACUGCAAAUGCACUGUCGGAUUGUGAAAAGCAAUGCUCAGCAACUGGAAUGGACAGCUUUAUGACUAAGCCCGUCACAUUUAAGAAAUUGAAGGAUGUUCUUUCUCUGCAUCUUCCUUCCAAGUCCUCGCUCUCAUCUCCUUAAGCAGAAGAGCAAGCAUUUUUGGCUCUCUCUCUCUCUCCCUCCCUAUUUCUUUCUUUCAUUUUCUUUCUUGUAAUUGUAAUUUUCUAAAAUUUCCUUUCAAAAUCUGGUCACGACACUUGCUCUGUCAACGUGUACCCAUACAUGUUCCGUUCUUGAAAUCGAGGAGCUGGCACAUUGCAAAGAUUAGUACUUGAAGACUUCGUGUAUUCAGAAUCUCUAAUAAUGUGUAGUAGGUCUCGAUUUGGAGAGAUGAGCUUUUGGCCAGCCCAUCAUUGAUCUUCGAAACAGCUUGCAGCGUCUUCGUCUGGGGGACAAGCCACACGUUUAAUAUGGUAAGUGAGUAUCAUAUUUCAACAGUGGAACGGCAUCUGGUGAGGAGAGCUGAAAUUCUAUUUUAGACCUGAAGCAAUGGGCGUUAUAGAACUCAUCGCCCAGACCCCAUUAAAGACUGGUACUUGAUCAAAAAUGGGCAGAGUUAUGUCGUACGCUGAUGUACAUGUGCUUUGUCCGGGUACCCUGUAGAUAAUUUUUUUGCCUCCGGAAUGGUUGAUACCAGAGGUCUGUAUUAUGUAGCGUUGUAUCAAUUUUAAUAUCACUGCUAUGGCGCAUCAAAAGCUUGAAGUUUUGAUUUC